AAAUUGGGCCAGGGAUUUUUAGAUGCUAAUGAGUUUCUUUCUAAUCUUGUCUUAGGCACAGCCUUGAUUGACAUGUAUGCAAAAUGUGGAAGCAUGGUGCAAGCAUGGAAGAUUUUUAAACUGAUGAAGGUAAAAGAUUAUGUGGUCUAUAAUGCUGUUAUUUUAGGACUAGCAAUGAAUGGGAGUGUUAAAGCUGCAUUUGGACUUGGUGAAAUGGAAAACACCGGAAUCCAACCUGAUGAAACUUUCCUAGGCCUACUUUGUGGGUGUACUCAUGCUGGUCUGGUCCACGAUGGUCGUCAAUUUUUGAGCAUGAGUGAUGUUUAUUCUUUAACUCCUUCCAUCGAGCACUAUGGUUGCAUGGUGGAUCUCCUUGCCCGAGCUGGUUUAUUAGACGAAGCUCACAAAUUGAUAAAUAGCAUGCCAAUGAAACCUAAUGCUAUUGUUUGGGGGGCAUUGUUGGGGGGAUGCAGGUUACAUAGGGAUACCCAAUUGGCUGAGCAUGUGCUGAAGCAGCUUAUUGACUUAGAACCUUGGAAUUCAGGACACUAUGUUCUCUUAUCAAAUAUAUAUUCGGCAAAUCGCAGGUGGGAUGAAGCAGAAAAAAUUAGAUCAACUAUGAAUGAGAAAGGGAUGCGAAAAGUACGUGGGUGUAGUUGGGUUGAAGUUAAUGGGGUCGUUCAUGAGUUCCUGGCAGGAGAUACUUCCCAUCCUUUGACAAGGGUGAUAUAUGAGAAGCUUCAAAGUUUAUCAAAAGACCUAAGAGAAGCUGGUUAUAAUCCAACCACAGAGUUUGUUCUCUUUGACAUAGAGGAAGAGGAGAAAGAACACUUACUUGGCUGGCACAGUGAGAAGUUAGCUAUUGCAUUUGCUCUAAUCAGUACCCAGGACAAGGAUGUGAUUCGAGUUGUUAAAACUCUCCGUAUAUGUGGCGAUUGUCAUGAGGCCAUUAAACUUACGUCAAAAAUUACCGGGAGACAGAUAAUCAUUCGGGAUAAUAACAGAUUUCAUUGUUUUGCUGAUGGAUCGUGUUCAUGUGGGGAUUAUUGGUAAAGUUUGGAUGUGGUCUGAAGUCCGAACUCACUGUCUACCCUCGCUGUAGUCACAGACUACCUCUAGAUUGUGUUGAUAACUUGGAAUGGAAUACUAUGUUCCAUGAAGUUCCACACGUGCUUAUUUUGGCUAUAUAUAAUGUUGAUAGUUUAUAUUCCUCCAUGAGUAUUGUUAUGGGCUUAUGGACUCAUGGGAGAAGAUGGCUUGCAUCCUCGUUAAGAUUCCCAAGAAGUUGAGGUGCUGUAAAUCCUUUUCAAAUUUUAGAGGAAGGGAAAAAUGUAUUGUAUCAUAUCCUGCAGUCUACUAAGAAUUUUGAUGUGGCUUGACAUGGUAUUGCUUAUAUGAAAGAGAAAUAGUUUCUUGUUGGAUGCGCCUUCAUUCUUGACAUUAUUGUAACAUUUUGUUUCAAAGAUGAACUUAAAGGUUGCUGUCCUCCGGGCCCCUUUCUAUCUCUAUGCAUUAUGGACUCUCUUCUUUUACUCAUCUUUUGAAUCCUGCGUAGGA